AUCACUAAGUGAUAAUUUCUGGCCGUCAAUCCGGACUGUUUCCCUCUUAUUAUCCCAUCACUUUUCUCCCGACAAUCCGAAACUAUGGAGGAAGAAUACGAGGUUGCACUGAAACCACAGGCUGUGAUGAUAGCCUUCCCAUACCAAGGCCACAUAAACCCCUUCGUCCAUCUUGCAAUCAAGCUUGCCUCCAAUGGCUUCUCCAUAACCUUCGUCCACACUCAAUACAUCCACCACUUGAUCUCCGAAUCCCGGCAAGAACUCGACGACGUCUUCUCCGAUGCCCGAGCUUCCGGUCUCGACAUUCGCUACGCCACCAUUUCCGACGGCUUUCCUCUCGACUACGAUCGAAAGGCCAACUUCCCUGAAUUCGCACGGUCUCUUUUCGAGGAGUUCCCUUCUCGCGUCGAUGAAUUUGUCGGGAAUAUGUUCGAGGAACGGCGCGAUCCGUCCACCGUACGAGUUAUGGUUGCGGAUACCAUCGCGACGUGGCCUCGAUUUAUCGCCGAGAAAUAUGACAUGGUGAAUGUAUCGUUUUGGACCGGACCGGCUCUCGUCUUCGCCCUUAAUUGCUCCAUGGAUCUCCUCGCUCGAAACGGCCACUUCCCCCCGUCGGGUGAUAGUAGGGAGCAUUUGAUCGAUUACAUCCCCGGAGUCGAUCCUAUAAAAGCGAAGGACUUGAUAAGUCAUCUUCUAGAAGCUCCGACAACGAUUGCACACAAGAUCCUCUUCAAAGUCUUCGAGGAUGUUAAGAAAGCCGACUUCGUCUUACACAACACGGUGCAAGAACUCGAGCCACGUACAUUGUCAGCUCUAAGCGAACUAAAUCCAACUUACGCCGUAGGGCCAAUCGGUUCUUCAACCAAAAUAAAUGUCUCGACGAGUCUCUUGUCCGAAAUAGAUUGCACCGUAUGGCUUAAUUCAAAGCCUCCAGGCUCCGUUUUGUACGUCUCAUUCGGAAGCGUCGCCCGGAUCCCGGGGCAAGUAAUCAAAGAGGUGGCUAAAGGGCUUGAUCUAAGCAUGGUACAUUUCAUUUGGGUCAUUCGAGAAGGGCUUGUCGCCGGCGAGGCGAAAAUUUUUCCGAUCGGGUUCGAGGAAAAUGUUAAGGAAAGAGGUUUGAUCGUGCCGUGGUGCGAUCAAACCGCGGUGUUAUCACAUCCGGCGGUCGGAGGAUUUCUGACACACUGUGGAUGGAAUUCGAUACUGGAGAGCAUUUGGGCCGGAGUUCCCAUGCUUUGUUACCCGGUGACCUAUGACCAACCGACUAAUCGGAAGUUGGUGGUGGAUGAUUGGAAGGUCGGGAUUAACUUGUGCGAUGAUGAUGUGGCGCCGUUGGAUGCGAGACAUGUGGCGUCGAAGAUCAAGAUUCUGAUGAAUAGGGAAAGAAGCGAUGGCGGCCUGAGACACACAAUGGAGAGGCUCAGUGACACGGUGCGCUGUACAUUGGAUGAGGAUGGAUCUUCUACGAAGAAUUUCGACCGGUUUUUGAAGGAUUUUAAAGAUAAAGUUAGGCGUCGUCGAUCUAAAAGUACAUUUUGAUGUGCUAAUAAUAGAAAGUAUGUAAACUAUUGUAUCAGCUCAAAGACUUAUCUAAUGUGAAUUCGGAAAAAAAAAAUAUAAUAAUAAUGUAAAGUAGAAAAUGUAGAGCUGUGAUUUCAAAUAAAAUUAAUAUAAUUAAUUCUAUAUGAUUUUUAAUAAAAAUA